CGCCAAAGGACCAAAAAAAAAGUCAAAACCAGCGUUUAAGCUUUACUUAUCUCUAAAACGACACCCACCUUUUUUCCAUCUCUCUUCUCUCUCCCACGAGAGUUCUUUUUUUUUUCCCUCUUCUCUCUUUCUCUCUCUUGUUCCUUGUACCUUCCUGCAUUUUUUUCUCCAUCUUUCCUCUCUAAUCUUUUUAUCUUCUUCUGCUUCUCCUUCUUCUUCUUCCUCCUUUUAACGAUUCUGUGGAGAGUGAAUCAGUUAUGAUCUUGUGGAAAUCUCUCAGCUGUUUCUCGUUCGUCUUCGGCUUGUUGUUGUACAGUGCUAGUUUCGUUUCUGCUGGAGACAUAGUUCACCACGACGAUUCGCUUCCCCAGAGACCUGGUUGCAACAACAAUUUCGUACUGGUGAAAGUCCCGACUCGAGUUAAUGGGUCCGAAUACACGGAGUUUGUUGGUGUUGGUGCUAGGUUUGGCCCAACCUUGGAAUCUAAGGAGAAACAUGCUACCCUCAUCAAACUUGCUAUUGCAGACCCUCCUGAUUGUUGCAGCACUCCCAAAAAUAAGCUUACAGGAGAGGUCAUUCUUGUUCAUCGUGGUAAAUGCAGUUUUACCACUAAAACAAAGGUUGCUGAAGCAGCUGGUGCCUCCGCCAUCCUUAUCAUAAACAACAGUACAGAUCUUUUCAAGAUGGUCUGCGAGAAGGGUGAAAACGUCUUAGAUAUAACUAUUCCUGUUGUUAUGCUACCCGUUGAUGCUGGUAGAAGUCUGGAGGACAUAGUCAAAAGUAACUCUCUAGUUACUUUGCAGCUAUACUCACCGAAACGUCCAGCAGUUGAUGUGGCUGAGGUCUUUCUCUGGCUUAUGGCUGUCGGUACCAUUUUAUGUGCUUCUUAUUGGUCUGCGUGGACCGUCAGGGAAGAAGCUAUUGAGCAAGACAAGCUGCUAAAGGACGGAUCAGAUGAACUUUUGCAGUUAUCAACCACCAGCUCUAGAGGUGUUGUUGAGGUCACCGUGAUAUCAGCAAUUUUGUUUGUAGUGGUUGCUUCUUGUUUCUUGAUCAUGCUCUACAAGCUUAUGUCAUUCUGGUUUAUAGAGGUGUUGGUGGUACUCUUUUGCAUAGGUGGCGUAGAGGGGCUGCAAACCUGUUUGGUCGCCUUACUCUCAUGUUUCAGAUGGUUCCGCCGCUUUGGAGAAUCAUAUCUCAAAGUUCCUAUCCUGGGUGCUGUCUCAUACUUGACUCUGGCUAUAUGUCCCUUUUGCAUAGCAUUUGCUGUAUUUUGGGCAGUUAAACGCCAAUACUCUUAUGCUUGGAUAGGGCAAGAUAUACUUGGAAUCUCACUGAUAAUCACGGUUCUUCAAAUUGUCCGCGUACCAAAUCUUAAGGUCGGGUUUGUUCUUCUCAGCUGUGCCUUCAUGUAUGACAUCUUCUGGGUUUUUGUUUCAAAAUGGUGGUUCCGUGAAAGCGUGAUGAUUGUGGUAGCCCGUGGUGACAGAAGCGGAGAGGACGGAAUUCCAAUGCUACUAAAGAUCCCACGAAUGUUUGAUCCUUGGGGUGGCUACAGCAUAAUUGGAUUUGGUGACAUCAUCUUACCAGGACUGCUUGUAACUUUCGCACUGAGGUACGACUGGCUGGCGAACAAGAGGCUAAAGUCAGGAUACUUCCUUGGGACAAUGUCUGCUUAUGGUCUAGGCCUGCUCAUAACAUACAUAGCUCUAAACUUGAUGGACGGACAUGGACAACCGGCUCUGCUUUACAUCGUCCCAUUCAUACUCGGUACUUUGUUCGUGUUGGGUCACAAGAGAGGUGACCUGAAGACGCUGUGGACAACAGGGGAACCCGACAGGCCAUGCCCUCACGUUCGUCUUCAACCUCAAUCGUCUUAAAACAAGCUACUAUGUAUCAGAUGAGAACAGAUCAAAAUCAGAUGAUCCUCUAGUUUUUUUUAUUGUUAAUACAACACACCCCUUCUUAGGUCUAUAUAUAUAUGUCUCUGUACGCUUUCACACAACUAGACAGGAGAGCCCAUACCAUAUUUGCCUUAAUAACUCUUUUAACCUCUCUUGCUAGAUGAAACCACGAAUAGACUUUGGCUUCUUUUCCUGAGUCA